UCUGAGGUUCAGGGGAACUGGCCAGGUUGGUCGCGCGUGGCUUUAAGCCCCCACGACUCUGGGCGGGCACCGGGAGCAGCAAGUUCAGAAAGGGGUGUGAUAGGGAAGUAGGGAGUGUACUUUCCGGAACACUGCUUCUAUUGCCCCAACCUAGGCUCAGGUAGCGGCCAGUGCCCCAGGAGACAGCCCCAGAGCCGGCACCCCCAUGUCUGUGCAGCCGCCGCCGCCCGCCGGCGCCCGUGACCCCGUGACCCCGGAGGCCCGCGCGGGCCCGGUGACCCCGGAGCCCCGGGCAUCCGGACCCCCGUCACAGGCGCAGCCGCUAUUAAGGCAGGAGGCUACCGGGGAGGAGGAAGGGGAGGAGACAGGCGGCCGGGGCGCCUGGGGCACCGGCACGGCGGAGCAGCGGCGGCGGGGCUGGGGGGAGGCCGACGAGGGCCCGGGCGAGGCCGGCCGCGCCGACGCCACGGGCUCGGGCUCCCCGGCGGGCGGCGAGGGCGACGGGCCAGGCGGCAGCCGGCGGCCGCUGCUCGGCUGGCUACCGCGCCGGCCGCCCCGGUGCUGCCCCUGCGCGGCGCCCCUUCCCCGCUCCGCCGCGCACUGUUGUCAUGGAGGAACCAAGAUGGCGGCUCUGGCCUACACCCUGGGCAAGCGGGAGAUCAACCACUACUUCAGCGUGAGGAGCGCCAAGCUGCUGGCGCUGGUGGCCGCGCUGCUGCUCGCCGCGUGCCACCUCGCGUCCCGCCGCUACCGAGGCAAUGAUUCGUGUGAAUACCUUCUCUCAAGUGGCAGAUUUCUUGGAGACAAAGUUUGGCAACCUCACAGUUGUAUGAUGCAUAAAUACAAAAUGAGUGAAGCAAAGAGUUGCCUUGUAGAUAAACACAUUGCAUUUAUCGGAGAUUCCAGAAUCCGUCAAUUAUUUUAUUCUUUUGUAAAAAUAAUUAACCCCCAGUUUAAAGAAGAAGGAAAUAAGCAUGAAAACAUUCCUUUUGAAGACAAGACUGCAGCAGUUAAAGUGGAUUUUCUUUGGCAUCCAGAAGUUAAUGGUUCUAUGAAACAGUGUAUCAAGGUGUGGACUGAGGACUCGGUCGCGAAGCCCCAUGUGAUUGUCGCAGGCGCAGCCACAUGGUCCAUCAAGAUUCACAAUGGUAGCGAGGAAGCGCUGGCGCAGUAUAGGAUGAACAUCACCUCCAUAGCGCCACUCUUAGAAAAGCUGGCAAAGACUAGCGAUGUUUAUUGGGUCUUACAAGACCCCGUUUAUGAGGAUCUCUUGAGUGAAAACAGGAAAAUGAUCACGAAUGAGAAGAUAGAUGCCUACAAUGAAGUUGCAGUCAGCAUUCUGAACAGCAGCGCCAGAAACUCCAAGUCCAAUGUCAAGUUGUUCAGUGUUUCCAAACUAAUUGCUCAAGAAACCAUCAUGGAGUCUUUGGAUGGCUUACACCUUCCCGAAUCCAGCAGAGAAACUAGUGCAAUGAUCCUCAUGAAUGUGUAUUGUAAUAAAGUUUUGAAGCCUGUGGACGGUUCCUGUUGUCAACCUCGGCCUCCUCUCACGCUCAUACAGAAGCUAGCUGCUUGUUUCUUCGCCUUAUCCAUUAUUGGGUAUUUAAUUCUCUAUGCCAUUCAGUGUAAUGCUCGCCGGAAGGCUAAGCCAUGUCCUGACUUGGAAAGUGGUGAGGAAAAGAAGACUCUUGUCAAUACUCCUGUGUCUUCAGUGGAGACACUUUUACAGGCUUUCUGCAAACUCGGCCUGAUUAUGGCUUAUUUCUAUAUGUGUGACCGUGCAAACUUGUUUAUGAAGGAAAACAAAUUUUAUACACACUCAUCAUUCUUUAUUCCAAUUAUCUACAUAUUGGUUUUGGGAAUAUUUUACAAUGAAAAUACAAAAGAGACUAAAGUAUUAAAUAGAGAACAAACCGAUGAGUGGAAAGGCUGGAUGCAGCUUGUGAUUCUGAUUUAUCACAUCUCGGGAGCGAGUACAUUCCUGCCAGUGUACAUGCACAUUCGGGUUCUGGUUGCUGCAUAUCUGUUUCAGACAGGAUAUGGGCAUUUCUCUUACUUUUGGGUCAAAGGAGACUUUGGAAUCCAUAGAGUUUGUCAGGUCUUAUUUCGUCUCAAUUUCCUGGUUGUGGUGUUAUGUAUCGUAAUGGAUCGACCUUAUCAAUUCUAUUACUUUGUCCCCUUGGUCACCGUAUGGUUCAUGGUCAUAUAUGUCACAUUAGCACUGUGGCCACAAAUAACCCAAAAAAAGGCAAAUGGAAAUUGCUUGUGGCAUCUCGGCUUGCUGUUGAAACUAGCUUUUUUGCUGCUGUGCAUCUGCUUCUUGGCAUAUUCUCAGGGUGCAUUUGAGAAGAUCUUUUCUCUUUGGCCACUUUCCAAAUGUUUUGAGCUGAAUGGGAAUGUGUAUGAAUGGUGGUUCAGAUGGAGGUUAGACCGUUACGUGGUGUUCCAUGGGAUGCUGUUUGCUUUCAUUUAUCUGGCUUUGCAGAGACGACAAAUACUUUCUGAAGGGAAGGGGGAACCUUUGUUUUCAAACAAAAUCUCCAACUUUCUAUUGUUUAUUUCAGUAGUCUCUUUCUUGACCUACUCCAUCUGGGCUAGCAGUUGUAAGCACAAAGCCGAGUGUAACGAGGUCCACCCUUCUGUUUCUGUGGUGCAGAUUGUAGCCUUCAUCCUGAUAAGGAACAUCCCUGGAUAUGCCCGUUCUGUUUACAGUUCAUUUUUUGCUUGGUUUGGAAAAAUUUCACUAGAGCUGUUCAUCUGUCAGUAUCACAUCUGGCUGGCCGCAGACACGAGGGGCAUUUUGGUACUCAUCCCUGGAAACCCUACUCUCAACAUCAUUGUCAGCACUUUCAUCUUCGUUUGUGUGGCCCAUGAAAUUUCUCAGAUCACUACUGACCUAGCGCAGGUCCUUAUUCCUAAAGAUAACCCAUCUCUCCUCAGAAGGCUGGCAUGUACAGCUGCAUUCUUUUGUGGACUUCUCCUCUUAUCCUCCAUUCAAGACAAAUGAAGACUCUUGGCUCCCAAGAUCCUGACACCAAACUCUUUGGGCUUACUUUGCAACUGCCUGGAGGGGAAAUCAUCUGUCUGGAAAUAUUAAUGACUCUGUAAAUAUAAACAUUCGACAAGGGGAUAGUUUUGUGAUGUCUGCUAACUUCGUGUGGUUCUACAUAUCAGCGCUGCAUAUAUCCAGUGUGAACCAGGAUGCAUCAGACAGGAAUGUAUGUAGGAAAGACUUUUCUACUGGACCUGUGUCUCCGUUCAUAGGUGAUUAUAGUUGACAUAUGAAGGCAGGGAAAUGAUCGGUUUUCCAGUAAACAUAUAUGUAAUUUAAUUAGCUUAGUGAUGCCACUGAGUGUUUGAUAUUCCCUAAAUUUGUAGUAAUUGUCCCAUCUGUGUCUGUGCUCAUGGAACUACUUCUCUGAGAACUUAGUACCGAAAUGGCCCGCAGGGUUCCUUUCUGUCACGCCUGCAGUGAUGUGGAGUGAGAGUCAGUCUGUCAUUAGCUUGUUUGUAUUCAUAUCUGCUGUGCAUUUCGGAUGUGACUUUUUUUCCUAGCUGUGGUUUCAGGUGUGUAAGCCUAAAGCUUUGUACAUUCUGCCCUUCACAGAGUUGUUCUGAAUCUCGGUGACAAGGUCUGGUCAUUGUGGAUGUCAUUCUUAUUUUUAAAAAAGGCCGAGUGUUCCUUCCAAUCCGAGAUACUUCUGUUUCUUUUCCCUUAAUUCUAACAAGAUAACAAGCUACCCUGUGUAUCCACAAAUGUUUGCUGGCCACUAAUUAAGUAUUGUAUAUUAUUUCCAAUCUUUGGAAAGUCCUUUAUAGCCCUUUGGUUACUGCCUAUUAUUCCCUUCUAUUUUUUUUAAAUAUUUAUCAAUCUGAACCUGUACAGCAUAGUGAAGUUUCAAGUCCUUUGACUGAAAUGUAUGACCUAGGAUUGUAAGUACAAUAGUGACUUUGGAUAAUGAAUGAUUUGUUCAGUUGGUUUUUUAUAACCUAACUGUUAAACGUAUACAUUUAUUUAUCUCUUGUACAGAUCUGAUUAUGAUUUUUAAUGUAUGAAAGAUUGCACUUAUUUGCUUUUCUCCUGUGUGUGGUAAGAUGUAUUUUCUGUUCACAAUGUGUGACAGUAAGGAGUAAUUUAAACAGUAAAUAAACAUUCAGUGGAUGCUUAUUUUUGUAUUGGCAAAAUA